AUGGCUGCAGAAGCUGUGACUAGUGUUGUCACGGAGGGGAUCAUCAGCAAGUUGAUCUCCCUAGUUGCUGAUGAGAUUGGUCUGGCCUGGGGCUUGAAGGGACAAUUGCGAAAGCUUCGGAAAACUUUGGUGGGGAUUCAAAAUGUACUUCAGGAAGCUGAGUUGCGGCAAGAGAAAAGCAAGAACGUGAAAGAUUGGUUGAUGCGUCUAAAAGAAGUGGCUUACGAAGCUGAUGACAUACUGGACGAAUAUGCAACAGAAGUUUUGCGACGCAAGAUAGAGAUUGGAAACAACAUGAAGAAGGAAUGCAACUUUCUCUCACCCUGCUCCAAUCCAGUUGCAUUUCGUCUUAAGAUGGCUCAUAAGAUUAGGAAUAUCAAUGCACAAUUAGAUGAAAUGAAUAAACAGAGGGAAGUGUUUGGUUUUAGAAACAUGGCCUCUGGUAGUAGUGUUGAUCAUAAGGAGAGAAGAAUAAGCAACCGUGAAACCACUGCAUUUUUAGAUGAAGAAUUACCGGUUGUUGGGAGGGAUAAGGAUAAAUCAAUUAUCAUAGAGAGGUUAAUUGAUAGCAGCAGCCAAGAGACUACUGUCGUCUCUGUCCUUCCCAUUGUUGGGAUGGGGGGAUUGGGCAAGACCACAUUAGCUAAAUCAGUCUACAAUAAUAAAUCCAUCCAUGAGUGUUUUGAUUUAAAAAUGUGGGUGUGUGUGUCUGAUGACUUUGAUGCCAAAAAACUGGCUUGGAAAAUCAUAGAAUCAGCUACAAAAAGGAGUUGUAGCCUAGAUAAUUGGGAUACAAUUGUAGGAGAAAUUGGAAAGACGUUAGAGGGGAAGAGAUAUCUACUUGUCCUCGAUGAUGUUUGGAAGGAGGAUGACAAUGAUGAACAAUGGAGUCGCUUAUUGACAAGUUGUUUAUCAGGAGAUGGUGUUACUAGAGGAAGCAAAAUCCUUGUAACAACACGCAGUGAGAAGGUUGCAUCCAUGAUGGGGGGUAAACCUCUAAUGCACCGUUUGAAAGGUUUAUCCGAUGAAGAUUGUUGGUCCAUAUUCAAACGAAGAGCAUUUGGUGGUGGGGUGGUUGAUGUGGGAAGGGAUAAAAAUAUUAUUGUAGCUGAUGAUGAUCUGGUAGAAAUCGGAAUGGAGUUGGUGAAAAAGUGUAAAGGUGUGCCAUUAGCAGCGAAAGCACUGGGAGGGCUGAUGUGCAACAAAAGGUCAAAAGAGGAGUGGGUGUCGUGUUUUGCCUACUGCUCUGUGUUUCCAAAAGGUGAUGACCUUUAUAAAGAAGCUUUGAAAAGGCAAUGGAUUGCACUUGGGUUUGUGGUUAGAGAAGAUAAUGAUGAGGUUUCAUUGGAAGAUACCGCUGAGGAAUACUUUAAUAGCUUAUUGGGCAUUCGACAAUUACCCGACUCAAUCACCAACCUCUACAACUUGCAGACGUUGCUGCUCUUUGGGUGCAAGAAUCUCAAACAACUCCCACGAGAUAUGAGAAAGAUGAUUAAUUUGAGGCAUCUGAAUAUUGCUUUGAGUGGCAUCGAGAAGAUGCCAGUGGGCGGCAAGGAUUCUGGUAUUGGUAUUGGAGAGUUGGAGCAACUCAAUCAUCUUCGCGAAUUAAUUAUAACUUUCAAAGCUGGCUGGUGCCACAAUCUCAACCUUGAUAAACAAACAAUUAUCUGCUCAAAGUUAUUGAAGGAAAAACGCAACCUUCGUUUUCUGAUCCUCCGCUGGGAAACAGACGACGCUUCUUCUUCUGUUUCGAAUGAUCUACUGCAGGAUCAGGAGGUCGAUUCAUCUGUUCCGGAUGUGCUGCUGGAAACUCUCCAACCUCACUCCAAUCUGAAAUAUUUUUUUAUAUCUGGAUUUACUGGCACAAGAUUACCUUCAUGGAUUACGAUGAUUGAACGAGUGAGAAUAGCAAAUUGUUCUAAUCUGACAUCCCUGGCACAAAAUUACUCUUUGGUGUCACUCAAUGCACUAUGGAUCAUCAAUUGUCCCAACCUGACAUCCCUGUGGGAAGGGAUCCAAGGCUUCACAUCAUUAAAACGGUUGCACAUUGAAGAUUGUCCCCAUUUAACAAUGAGAUAUAACAGACAGACAGGGGAGGAUUGGAACAAGAUUGCUCAUAUUCCAGAUGUCCACAUCGACAUGGAUUAA